AUGGCCAACAAUCCCACUUUCAAACCAUCGCCACUGUCUUUCGGGUCACCGAGGGCAUCGCCCUUCCGGCGCCCGUCGACUCCAAACUCCCCGCCCUCCGCCGGUCGUACAGGGACUCCAGGGAGUUCGCCCAGUCGCAGCUAUACGCCCAUGGUAUCGCCUAGCAAGCUGAACCAGUCAUACACAGUGGCAGACCGUGAAUCAGCGUCGCCGAAGAGCGAAGCUCCGAUUCCCCAGCCGAACUUUAAGAGAGAGCUGCCUCCCUCCCCGACGAAAGGAGCGCAGUCACCAGGCGCCUCGUCGCCGAUUCUGAGGACCAGAUCUGCUGGAUAUGCAGGCCUUGCUAGCGAUGCAGCAGCAAAGCUGCCGGCCCACCAGGUCAGGGAAAUCAGAGAAGCCUUCCAGGUUUUGGACCGGGACAACGAUGGGCUGGUUAACAAGGAUGAUGUGAUUGAUGUACUUACAACUUUGGGUCAAGACUCGUCCUCGUCUACAGUUUCGCGCUUCUUCCCACCAGGAUCUGGCCAGACAAUUAACUUUCCAACUUUCUUGAACACAUUAUCCGGGCUAAUGGCAUCCAUGUCGCCUUCGCAAGAGCUUCUCAAUGCCCUCGCUGCAUUUGAUGACGAUGACAAUGGACAGAUUGAUGUCGGUGAAUUGCGUGAUGCUCUACUACACACUGCCCCAGAGGACGGAGAGUUACGUUUGACCGAGCGACAAAUCGAUGAAGUCUUUAGCGGGUUCACCGGGCGACGAGCAUUCGGCAGAGGAGCAAAGUCAACUGGCAUGGGCAAAAGAGGCGAGGUUUUCCAGUAUCAUGACUUUGUCCGCAAUGUUAUGGGCGGAGAGAAUGGAAACAAUGCUAAUUCUGAAGGAAAUCCAGCUCAAGCCUGA